UUUGCCCUUGACUAAACCACGUGAGUCUGUAAUAUGCUUCCGAGCCACAUGCUAAACCAGUGGCUAACUGGCUACCUCCAUAGAAAAACAGACGUCACAAGGCUCGUUUACACACCGGUUUAAGUGCUACUGACUGCUCCUCUGAUGCGAUAGUACCUCCAUCAUGUCGCGGGCCAGUCAAUCCAUGAUGUUCUUGUUGCGGCGCUGUGUCGCAGUUCAGAAGGUACCUUUACCGAGGAGAGUCACAACAAGAGGCGGAUUUAUCCAGCAGCGAACCUGGACACCAGCGACUCAGACGGGCUACGUGCAGAGACUUUGCCAGGUCCGGUCUGCGGUAGAAAACAGCCAGUUCAGCUUCUGUACCAAGACAGGACCACCACAUGAGGACGUAUACCCUCCGCUGCCCACCUAUCAGUCUGAUGCAGCGCUGGAGAAGAAGGAGUUGUACAUUGUGCAGGUGAAAGGUCUACCAUGGUCAUGCACGGCACAGGACCUCAUGCAGUUCUUCUCUGAGAGCAGAAUUCGGGAUGGGCUGAAGGGGAUCCAUCUUACCGUGGACAGACAGGGGAGGCCAUCAGGUCGAGCCUUCAUCGAGAUGGAGCACGAAGAAGACGUCAACAAAGCUUUAGAAAAGCACCGGCAGUACCUCGGCCCACGAUAUGUUGAAGUGUACGAAGUGUCAAACAGUGAUGCUGAAGCCAUCCUGACGAAAGCCCUCCAGGCUCCAACUAACGGCUGCGUGGUGAGGCUUAGAGGCCUCCCCUUCAACUGCACCGAGGCCGACAUCGUCCAGUUCUUCACAGGUUUGGAUAUAAAGGAGAAUGGGAUCAACGUCAUCACAGACCGCAGAGGGAGGAAGACUGGGGAGGCCUUUGUGCAGUUUAACUCCCAGGAAGCGGCGGAUGAAGCUCUGCAGAGAGACAGAGAGGUCAUAGGAAAUCGUUACAUUGAAGUGUUUCCCAGCAGAAGUGACGAGAUUUACACGAGUGAGAAGACGAAGAUGGAAAAUGAUGCUGCCUCACCCAUAACUAGACCUCCUCGAAGCUCAGCUGCAGCUAUUCAUUGCGUCCAUAUGAGAGGUCUUCCUUUCAGGGCAUCUGGAGUAGACAUUGUGAAGUUCUUCUCUCCUCUAGUCGUGUCCAAGAUCCUGAUGGAAUGCGGUUAUGAUGGGAGGCCGAGUGGCGAGGCCGACGUUUACUUCACCAGCUACGAGGAUGCUGUGGCAGCCAUGUCCAGAGACAAACAGUAUAUAGGGGGAAGAUACAUUGAAUUAUUCUUGAACUCUCUAUCGGACUCUGAGGAGAGUUGAAAGCAGACACACAACAGAGGACCAUUGUAUUUAUUUUCCAUGUGAACGUCAGACAAUAAACAUACCUGGUGUCACAGAAA